CUCGCUUAUACUGUGCAAGAUUAGGUGAGGUCAGGAAAAUAUACAGAAACAGAGCUUGAAUACCUCGUCUCAAGCAGCUGAUGCUCUCUUGUCUCGGUGGCGUUUACGAAACAACUCAAGCCAUAUGUGCUUGUCUUGGCCAGCGCUAUAAAGGUCUGUCUAAAAAGGUGUUCCUUCUCCAUAACAUUCUAGACCUACCUAAUCCAAAAACCAAGAAGCGUAUGUUUAUGCAUAUUUUGCAAGACCGUCGACCUUGAAACCAUGAAUUCAAGAACUACUGCACUCAUCCCCGCAAAUAAUGCUGGAAUUGGUAGCACAGAUGACUGGGUCCCUGACUUGUUCGGCCAGCUCAUGAAGACACAACAGGAGAAGACAAAAGCAUCGCAGACCGACAGACAAGCUGGGCAUGAUCUAAAUGACCGGGCCACCAAGCUAUACGAAGAUUACAACAACAUCCAGCAAAUCUUACAAAGUGGCCAAGUUACUUAUGGGAGCCAGGCAUAUGUGGAUUUGUCCACAACGGCCCAAGACCUCAGAAACCAAGCACAAGACCUCGACAAACAGCACGUCAAAAAGAUCAUAGACUCUGCACAAGAGUCUGGCCAAUCUACACAGCUCCAGCAAGACGCCAUGACCCUGGCCCAGCACAUCUCUCCACAAUCACCGCCACUUCCGCAGAAUCAACUUCAAACACAAUGCCCAUCGUCUGGCAAUAAAACCCAGAUUUGCAAUCGUGUUGAUCAUUGCCAUUUUGACCAUCCUCAUGACUGUCAUUGCCACCCUCAUCAUCACCCUCAUCUUCAUGUCUGGAAGGGUAUCUGUUGGUGUUGUACUUAGUCAGGUCCACGAUGGCUUCCCUCCCCAAGGGGAAGCCCAAGUUGUGGGGCUGUCCAUGGACAAUUCAUUAAGUGAUAUUCCAUACCUAAUCAAACAUGUCUGCAAAGGGAUAUUUUGGAUGCUGAAAAUUGUAUCUUAUUUCAAUUCUGCUACCGGAGCAUGUUUAUAUUGGAAAGUACUAUUGGCAAUUACACCAUUUUCUGUACCAUCCAAUCAAACUUACAUUUCCA